AUGGCCACCAUGUCUGCCGAACCAGCUCUUCACCCAUACUAUCCCCUGGAUGCUCCAAUCCACGGAUAUGUGGCCAAUAAGGCGUCCCUCCUUUCUCUGCUUACCACCGCCAGCGUCGGCGCCGCAGCCUUGCUGGGCGCCACUUUGGGCCUCGAAACCCCCGCAGCAGGUGUGGUCGAAAUCUUGAAUUUGGAAGAACUAACAUCGUCUCGUCGGAGUCCUUCAGCGGGGUCGCUCCAUUGCUUCUUCGAGGGCUAUUUCAUGAUCCAUUAUGACCGUAUGGCGUCGGCCCAAGACUUCUUUGGGCAAAUGUGGAAGGAAUAUGCCUUGUCGGACUCGCGAUACAUGACGGCGGAUACCCUGGUACUCUGUAUGGAGACCAUGACGGUUCUGCUCUGGGGUCCGUUGUGCCUUCUCGUGGCAUAUUCGAUCUUUGCGCAGAGCUCUUUGCGCCAUCCGUUGCAACUCACGGCCUGCAUGGCCCAUCUUUACGGCGACUCACUCUACUAUGCCACAAGUCUCUAUGACCACUACGCUCAUGACCGUCCAUACAGUCGACCGGAACCCUAUUACUUCUGGAUCUAUUACUUCGUGAUGAAUUUUGUCUGGAUCGUGGUCCCGCUCUAUUAUUUUGUGCAGAGCAUGAGAGCAAGCUCCAAGGCGUUUCAGAGCCUCGAGGGAACGGCUGCGCAGCGUAAAUCUCGGUGA